AGGCUGCCAGUGAGAACAUCAGCAUCUGCGGGGGUCUGCAGGAAGAAAACAGACAGGAGCAGCAAAACACACAGCAGACAUGGACUCGCAUUGUGAGUGCAGCGAGCCUCCUCUCUCCGAGCAGCAGCAGCAGCAGCCCUCUGGAAAGAUUAACAAGGCUGCUUUCAAACUGUUUGGGAAGAGGAAAUCGGGCAGUGCCAUCCCCAGCAUCUUUGGGGUGAAGAGCAAAGGGGAGGGGAAGAGCUCUGGGCAAACGAGGCUCGCAAGGAGCAAGACCCACGAUGGGUUAGCCGAGGUUGUGUUAGAAGGCAGCAAGAAGGAGGACUGCUCCAGCAGCGAGCAGCUGAACGCUGCUUUGUUCGCAAAGACGGACGGCAGCCUGGCAGUGACAGCCAGCGGAUCCGUGACCAAGUCGCUCAGCUUCUUCUCCGUCCUCAAGAAGAACGGCCGAGGGGAGAACUCUGAGCCCAGGGCUGGCAACAGACAAAAGAAAGGGCUGAAGGGGCUCUUUAGCAGCAUGCGCUGGCACAAAAAGGAGAAGAACUUCAAAGAGGAGAAAGGAGGGGAGGCAUCGGAUGCUCAGCCAGGGGUCAUUCAGCCAGCCUCCCUCAAUGCCAGCUUGGAGUUUAUCAAGGAAGAGGUUCGGCAGUUGCCCCAGUCAGAGCCUGAGCUCAGCACAGAGCAGGCUGCACAGGAAUUGCCAGUUGUGGGACCCUCUGAAGAGCCGAAAGCUUCAGUGUUAGAGGAGCCUGAAGCAGCCGCAGCAGCAGCGGAUUGUGCAAGCCCUCUCCCUGAGUUAUAUAACCAUGUAAACAAGCAGGAGGAAGCUGCUGCUGAGCAUAAUGAGGGCCAGAGCCAAGGGGAAAUGGGUGUCACCAAGGAAGAGGGCCCUGGGGAUACCAUGGCAGCCGAAAUCUCAGGGGCGACCCAACCCCCUGAGCCUGAAUGCAGCAGCAGCAGCUCCCCGGAAAGCGCGCCUCUCUCUUUUGGUAUUCCCACCACCACCAUCACCCCCCCCGAACCGUCUGCUGCCGACCCGCCCUCGGAGCAAUCCAUCGACCGCAUCUGCUCCAUGUUCGCGGACGUGACGUCCCUCAAGAGCUUCGACUCGCUGACUGGCUGCGGGGAUAUCAUCGCCGACCACGAGGAGGAAGUGGGCAACGGGAACAGGAACGGGAAUGGGAAUGGGAAUGCUGGAGGGAGUGUGGAGAAGCACCCACCGGCGCUGGGGAAGAUGAGGGUCUUUCCCAAAAAGAACCAGAGCGGUAGCGUGGUAGCCUACCAAGGGGGUGGGGAGGAGAUGGCCAGCCCUGAUGAAGUAGACGAGACCGAUCUGCAGGGGUUCUGGGAUAUGCUGCCCCAGACUGAGGAACUCCAGAGCCAGCCAAAAGAGGAGGCUGUCCAGGAGACCUCAACGAAGGCCGUUGAAGAGAAGGUGCUGAAAGAGACAGCCCCUCUGAGCAAGAUCCUGGGACUCAGCAAGAUUCCUGUAAGCGGCACCAGCAGGGGAGUCAGGAGCAACAAAGGAGGGGAGGAAAGCAGAGAGAAGGACCACCAGGAGAGCGUCCCCAACAGCGAUGAGGGAUACUGGGAUUCCACUACCCCGGGCCAGGAGGAGGAGAGUGGCAGCAGCGGCUUCGCGCCCAAGGAGAGCAUCCCUCGGGACAGCUGCAGUGGAGACGCACUCUACGACCUCUACGUGGACCCGGAUGAGAGCCUGGCCGGCGUGGUCUCUUCAGACGAAGAGAUGUCCCCCAUGUCCACGUCCGAGCCUAAGCUGGCUCCCUCCUCCUCCUCCUCCUCCGAGACCACCUUCCGCUCGCUCAAGGGCAGCGCCAGCCUCCCCAGGGACUCGAAGAUCCCCAUCAGCGUCAAACAGAUUCCCUCCCACUCCGCCAGCCAUGGGGCGCUGGUCCCCAGCCUCACGCCAACCGCGCAGCAGCCGCCAGCAAAGCCCGAGCCGCCCAGAACAAAGAUCCCCGUCCCCAGGGUGAUUGUGAGGAGGACCGGCAACAAGACUCUGGGAGGCUCUGCAGGGAAGCACCUCGCCUACCAGGACCACUUUAAAAAGUAGCUUGCUCUGUGUUGAAAGGGCCGAUAUCAAUGGAGAACAGUUUGUAGAUGUAAUGUGAAAAGGCAUACAUCAUCAAAGGCAGAAUACAAAAGAGAUGUUCAGAGCUCUACUCCAAAAUCCUGUUAUGGUAUAAAUAAAAAAUAUUUUUUACUUCAUUUGCUUCAGUUUCUUGCAAGACAAAAAUAUAUAUAUUUUUCUCUUUUCAAGCUUAAAGUAGACCGCAAAAUAUGAUGUUGUGCCAGUGGACUUUCUAUCAGGAAUGAUGUCUCCUUUGAUUCCCCAUAUGCCUUUACACAAUGCAAAAUAACAGGAAGAACCACAGCAAAAAAAGUGCCAAGAAUUACGAAAAAAAAAAAGUUACUGCACGUGCCGUUCAUUAACUGCUCCGGUCGUUGCUGGCAAAGGAAAAUACAAUCAAAGUUGAACAUUUUUGGAGACUAACAUUUCAAAGGAUAUCCGGAUGGGAUCGUUCAGAUAGUUUAUGAUUUCAAUGGAACAUCAGGGAAUCCCCCCCAAAAAAAUAAUGGUAAUAAAGUAUAAUGUUGCUUCUGUGGGAUUUCUGUCUUUUAAAACGACAUGACAAAAGAGAAGCCUUCUUUUUGGAUGUAUAAAGUGGAAGUAGCUCCUGUACACUAUGCUUGGAGGUUCAAAAACAGGCAAGGACUACAGACUCUCAACAUAAACAUCUGCUCAACAGAGAUUAUAGAACCGGGACCAGAGAACAUUACCCACAUAAAGACACGUUCAAAUCCUCCUAAUAUGAAACGGCAUUCGCUAGGAUACUUUUUAAUCUUUGUUACACCCUUUUUGUAGACAUUCCUGGUUUUCUCCGUGGACGAAACCCCACAGCGGAGCUCGUUUCUACUGGAUUCUUUCAAAAAUCAGGGGAUUACUGUGCAAAGCACUCGGCUCACGCUCUGUAAACUAUCAGGAAAUGUGCAGAACCACAGUAUUAUACCUGCCACUGAAUGUGUAUAGCAGACUGCAUACAGCCAUUAAACACCCUCAUUGGGUUUUUUUUUCCAGGCUCCUAGGAUUGGUAUAUCCUUCAUGCCUUGUGCUUUGGGAGUAUUUCAUCUGUUGCUUAAAUCCUGUGCCAGCUAAGCUAAUGGUAAGACAGCCUCUUGGACUUUGCAAAUGCGACAAAAGAGAUGAGAGAAGGUGUUUGACUUUAACACUAUGUGUUGCUCGUAAUGCUUAGUUGUUGUGCACACUACUAACAUAUCACUUAGGCAAAGGUUUGACUCGAAAGUCUUAUUUGAUACCACACUAGCUGUAGGGAGAGAUCUAGAAUCACGUUUGCAUCUAGAAUCGUUCGGUGUGCAUCUUUCCCCUUUCCACUAGUUUGUGUUUACUAGACCUUAGCUUUAGCACACACACACACUGUAUGAGGCCACCUGUGUCCGUGCUUAAUCUUUUACAGUCACUCAUUUAAAAAGCAGCUUCUGCUCUUUCAAUACAGGUGUAUAGAAAAUGUAUUUGCUGUACUUUUGACUUGUAAUACUUUCAAAGGCUGCUGAUAAUACCGGCAGAUGUAUUGUACAUUUUAAUAUCCCAUGGUACACAGAAAUAUAUACAGUAUAUUUAUAUAUUUUCAUAUCCGUACGGAAGUGGUUUACAGAGAUAUGUUUUGUUUGUAGUUUGUAGUAUAGCUGAGAAAGGGAAGCUUGCAGCCUUCUUUUAAGUCUCUUUUCUUCUCAGCUUCUCAUUGUGUAAAAGGCGUUACAUAGCCCAGUGCUUUGUGUGCCUGUAUGGCAUUAGUGCCAUAUUUCAAGGCGCUAUUCAAUCAAAGACAUCGCAUGCGGCUGUAUUAGCAAAAGAGCUGUGUUAAAAACCGCUCAGUGUAAAAUAAAAGAUACAUUACACACAUAUGGAAUUACUUUAUUUCAUUAUAAAAAUCCCUUUGUGAAAUAAAAAUGAUAAGCCUUUUUUUAAUGUGAUUCUCUCCUAACUCAACCCACUGUAAUGGUAAUGUAAGCCUCGUUAGAUUCCUAUUAGAGGCAGAAUACUCUAAGACUUUUCCCCAGGUAGUCUCAGUCCUUAUCAUCUCCCCAGCUGAUGCACCCCCCGGGAAACGCUGUGCCCUUCAUUAGGUUUUCUCUUGUCUUAUAAUUGAGGGGGAGCCUCCUAAUCACAAGAACACUGCUUUAUUGUUCUGUUCCAAUUAUUUUUAUUAAAAUUUUCCAAAAUUAUCAUUUAUGAUUGAUGACAAAAUGUGCAAAACAACCGAAGUGUCAUUAGCACCUAUUUCUUUCAGAAAGGAGGAAAGCAUCCAUUGGUGUUUCCAAAACUAGAAAUGAACCGCACUCAGGAAUUGAAUUCAAGGGCUCCUAACACUUCUAGCAACGAUAACACUUUCUUUCUAGCUUUGUAAGGGGAACAGGAUUUUUUACCUCUUUCCAGAAAAAAAGUGUGAAUGAUGCUAAAAGUGUGAAUGAUGCUUUAGGGGUCAUUUGUGGAAUUCCCCUCAGUGGUUAUGCAUUUCCCUUUUUGUUUUUUUUUUUAUUCAAUUCAAUUCAAUUUGUACUUCCAAAAAUAUUCUCAAUCUUUAAUUGGUCUACGUCGAUUUACAGAAAGUCCCUAAAGAUAAUGAAGGGAUGUUUUUGACUGAAAUGAUAAUUAUAGUGAAAGCUGUCAGAGUGUUUCAUCAAGGCUGUUCUUUUCAAAUUCGGUGCAGCAUCUACUCAUAAAACACAGGAACACCUGGUGUACUGAAUGUUCAAACUAGUUUAAGGUAGAUGUUUGCAGUUUGUUAGCCGGCUAGGGGGCUGUGGGAACCCUAAAUCUAAUGCCAAUAAAACACAGUAUUUAAAUGAAAUAAUCCUCUAUUCCACAUUCUAAUACUGACACCCCCCCAAAAAACACAAAAAAGCAGCAUUCGGUCUUAAAACUUUAAUAAAAUUUUUUUUUUAAAAAACUUUUGUGGUAGGGAUUUUUUUUUAAGCACCCAGCCCCUCCACAGACAAAUCUAAUGGCUGAGGAUGGAACGGUGCUAAGCCUCUAGAACUCUAGGUGUAGAAUGUUCUCCUCUUUAGUUACAAGAUGGAACUACCUGUACUUCCCCAUCAUUAAGGAAGCUAACUGCCUUGAGGAAACAGGACUUCUGUGAACCAGUGACCUUUGCUGUGUGUGUGUGUGUGCGUGUGAGUGUGUCUGCGCAUGUGUGUGUCUGUGAGUGUGUGUGUGUGUGUGUGUCUGUGUGUGUGUGUGUGUGAGUGUGUCUGCACAUGUGUGUGUCUGUGAGUGUGUGUGUGUGUCUGUGUGUGUGUGUGUGUGUAUCGAGGAGGGGGUUGGAGCCAGUGUAAGCAGCUGUUGCUAAUAGCUCAAAGCAGGGCAAGGGGAUAAAGAGGAUGAUUACCAGCCAUGAGUAGUAAUACAUUAAAUAGUGAUUUUAGAGUAAUUACAACAAGACCAACAAAGCCGUGCUCAGCAGGCCCGCUGGGGCGGUGGUCUCAUGCAAAUGUUCCAGUGAGUUUCAGACACAGGCCUUUGAGAAUCAAGCACCCUGAGUUUCAAUAUCAGAGCACCUGUAAAAUAAAAUGAAACACGAAGCUGUGUUUCCUGUUCACACCGCCUCCCCUGACUCAGCACUUGCCAUGGCACUCUCAAGGCAGCAAAGACCAGUGUGCUGUAGCUGUGAAGAGAAGCGGGGUUAACGGUAAACAUGUUUCUGCUGCUGACCCAGAUAUACUGUGUUUAAGAAUAAUAAAACACUCUGCAUGAUACAAAAAAAAAAGGGUUUCAAAGUUAACUGCUGCUUCGUUAUGCUUCACAAACCUUUCUACCACCGGGGCUCCUGUAUAUCGUUCUGAGCUGCGGGUUGCACUUUCAAUUAUACAUUCCCCUGCUUUUCCCUUCUCUUCCACACAUUGCCCUGCAUUCACUCCCCACAGCAGAGCUGCUGACUUGAGCCCUGAGCUUCGUUUCUGAAAGGCUGUAGUGUUUUCAAUGCUUUGUUACAAUGUGAUGGGCUUCCUGAAAGAAUCAGGGGGAGCUGUUCUUUAUGUGCAUUGUCUCCUUGUACUAAACGUGCAGAACUGGGAAGAACGCAGCGGCCUUAAAUCAUUUAAACCUGCAGUUAUACCUCCUUUCAAACCUGUUUUAUUCAGGAGCUAAGUCUCCUGUAACGCUGCUGUUGUGUGGAAUAUUGCUUAUCAAUGUCACGAAUGGCUGAACACUCUACAGAUGCUAUACAAUAUUCACAAGCAGUGCUCUGAAUCUCUCCUGAGAGGGAGAGGGAGUCACGUGUCACCAGCUCUCCCAGUGCCAUGUGCACUCUGCUGUCUCUCCCCCAGAAGGGCUGCUGGCAAUAUCCUCCACAAACGCUGUUCGAAAGAAAAAUAAUAACCUUGUGCUUUAGCAGCACGUCACCCUUCUUGAGAGAGGAGAGCUGCCAGCAAGCUGCUGGUCUUGUGCUGUUUGUAUUCCAGCCUGCUGUUAUGGAUUCUGUUAGAUAACACUGAGUGGCUCUGUGUGGGUUCAGGGGACAGCAUAGGAACGCCAGUGUAAGUGAGGUGUCCUGAGGUUCUGAAGGACGGAAUUAUAAAUUGAGGUCUAGAAAGGUCACGACCCUGAAGAGAAUGCUAAUUAUAAUUGGAGGGUGGGGGUGACUCUGGAUUACUUUCCAUUCAGGUUUUAUGGUCGUUGUUCUUUUUAUGAGUGGUUUAUUUCUUGAUAUUUUAAAAUAAAAAAAACCUUCAAUAAAUGUUGCUGAGAGAAUAUCAGUAGCUUAUGCCAAUAGAAAACAAUGGUGAGACGGAGGGCUCGCUGGAUGCAGUGUGGAAGAGAGGGAAAGGACUGUGUGAAUAGACAGUAUGGAAUAUGUGUGCAGAAUCAGUGUCGUCCUCUUGCUAUUGCAUGAAGACUAGACUCUAAUACAAUAAGGGGAGGAGACCCACAACAAGGCAGUCUUCUCACUCUUAGAAAAGGUCACCACAUUCAAUUAGCACUGUAAUUUCUGCCAUGCUUUCCCAUGGGUAUACGAUGCAUUUAUCAUCAAUUACCAUGGUUAUUAAUCUGCUUUACCAUACCUCUGUGCUUUACAAUGCUUACCUAUGCUUUACUUUCACUGUGCUUUAUUACACUUUGCAAUGCUUUUUCUAUGGGAAACUUGUAAGGGUUAGUUUACCAUGCUUUGUUUUUAAAUAUGCUUUACAAGGCUUUACCAUGCUUUCACUGUGCUGUGCUUUUACUGUGGGAAACUUUUAUAAGAGCAGUUUUUGGAUCACAAAAGGGCAUGUGAGGUCAUGUGUGGAGAGAUGCACAAUAGCUGUGCAAGCAAUGCAAAGGACAGAGAGAACUGUUCAAGAGGGAAGAUGUGUGGCAUCUAAUACUGUGUUUCCAGGCUCUCCAAAAUGCAAGGUCAGUGCGUUAGUGCAGUGGAGGGAGGGAGGGAGAGCGGAGGAAACGGCGAAUGGGACAGGACCAGGAAUAGAUGGUAGAGGUAUCUGGGACAGCAGACGGGCAGGCGGUCAUGGUUAAUCAUUCAUGUAGAGAGAAGCAAUGAGAGAUGGAGGGCGCUCUGAACAGGCAGGUGUAGCACAGACUACUGUCAAGUUAAGUGCUUUCUUUUUGCCUUUAAAACACAUUAUUUAUUUAUUUUAUAAUAAGACAACUUUGAGGUAUGAAUACAUGAGUAGUUGUAUUCCUUUCAGUUGCUUCAGCCAGACACCACACUUGCACAAUGCCAGUAGACAGAGGAACAAUAUCUCUUUAAUGGAAAUAACAAAGCAAUUCCACAGUGGUAUCAAAUGUGUGCUCCUUAUAAAUGUGAGUUAGCAUGCAGGCCCAACUUCAGAAGUAGAUUAUAAUCAAUGUACAGUGUAACUGAACACUCUGUGCAGCUCAAUCUGAAUGUGAGCCCCGAGUGUCAUGUGAUUCACAUCUUAGGUUUCCAUGGUUACCUCAGUAGGUCAGCCAAUCACAUCUCGUGGGCUCCGACAGACAGAAUAAAAAGGGGCAGGUUUGGUCUGCCUUGGGCAGUGCUUGAAUUAUACAAGGCAAUUAGCUGCUGUGUGUUCGGUUUGAACCUCUGCUGCUCAAAUAUGUGUGCUGUUUAUGGCCAGAAGAGAAAUGAGGCUGACAUUGACAGCUCAGAAAACCUGCAGAGUGGACCAAACCAGAGAGACGUCACAGUCAAGGAGUGACAACAGUGGGGCCAGUUUCUUGCAAUUCGAGUCAUUUUUACAUCACUGAUAAAAAUACAACAGUCCUGGUUUGCCUUGUUUAUUCAUAUGCUUUACAAUGCCUACCUAUGCAUUACCAUGCAUUUGCUGUGCUUUAUUACACUUUGCCCUGCUUUUACUUUGAGAAACAUUAAUAAGGGAUGCAUUCUUACACAAACAGUCUAGGUUAGACGUUAAUGCAUUAGCAGCUGGACCACCAGUAAGAUACCAACAAAUCUCAAUCAAUCAAUCUUUAUUUUAUAUAGCGCCUUUCAUAGUGGACCACCAUCACAAAGCGCUUAAACGUAAACGUGUGUUCCAGUUCCCAGUUAGGUCAACCAGUAUGCAGUUUGUGCAGUGAAUUUUAAGCAGGCAAAGUUUACAACAUUUGCUUGUCGUUAUUAAAUUGACAAACACGUAGUCUGGUGCUGUGAGAAUGUGUUUCUAGUCCUUGUCUAUGGCUUGGCAGUCCUCUUCCUUUGUGAUGUGGAUGGGAGUUGGCCCCAGCUGAGCUGAACUGGAGAAAUCCCAUACUUGCACUCGUAGCUGAACUAAGAUUCAUGAAGUUGUAUAGACAGACUGUGCCAUCUGUUCCAAAUCCAAUUACACCGAGGGGUCAGUAUACGUAUGGGGAGUGGGGUGAGGAGGGGCGUUACAAUGAGAAAUAAAAAAAGAACUAAAUACAGAACUAAAUACAUGAAUACCAUGUUAUCCUAGAGUUCCUUUACUGGAGAUGCCAACUAAAAUAGUCAAAUAAAACCUUAGCUACAAGCUGAAUGGGUACUAUUGACUAGUGAUAAUGUACUGUGUCUGUGAACUGAAGAUGGCUGUUGUGGGUUGAAACAGUCUUGUCUCUAUCCACUAGGCAAUCCUCAAUUUGCUGUAUGUAUUAAUUUUAAUUGACACAUGCUGAAAAGUCUGAUUAAAGUCUUAAAGUCUUUUAAGAAAAGUCUUUUAAAAUAAUAGGACAGUUACACUUUUUGACCACCAGGUGGCGUUAGGCAUCAUACCGAGUAUCAAAGCUGCACAGUACCACCUUCUUCAGGACAGACAUGGUUGUAACCACCAUAUUUACAUCCACAUGUGGACAAGCCAUCUGUGUAUCCUGGCCACAAGAAACAAAGCAUGAUUAAUGCAUCACGUUUGUAUUGUAACUCCAAAUGGAUCUGACACUCACUUCACACUGGAAUGGAUAGCAAUAGGGUAGCUCUGUUACUGCCACAAAAUCAAACUGUCUAAUCACUGUUUACAGUAUCAUUGUGUACAUUUUUUUUCCUGUAAUGUGAUUUUUAUGAAAAAAGAAACAAAGUAUUUUAUUUGUAAUUUAUUCCAUUGCUUUGUGUGAUCAGCUCUACUGCAUGUUGAAACUCGUGAGUCACCAUGCUAACGAAUGUAAAGGACUGAGGCGUGCUGCGCUGGAGGUCUCAAACUGCACACAUGCAUUGUUCCUUUUCAGUGUAAUGCUUAAUGUGACUAAUAAAAAUGUCUUCUGGUUGUU